AUGGCCAGCACAGCAGCAGCAGCAGGAGCAGCCUCCUCGAUCCGCACUGCCAAGCGCACCCUUCGCAAAAGCAUGGCUACUCGCCUCUCCUCCAUCGACCCGCAAGACCUUCGCGCCCAAUCCCACAAAGUCACCUCACGUAUCCUCGCCUCCUCAACGUAUCGCUCUGCACGCAACAUCUCCAUCUACGUGAGCACCGAUACAGGAGAAGUGGAGACGGACGAGCUAUGUCGUUGCACACUGGCCGAUGAGACCAAACGUCUCUACGUACCCCUCUUUGCUACCCCGGCACCCACCGCCCUGGGAGAGCAGGGCAAAGUAGGCUUUGCGCCUGAUAUGCGAAUGUUGCAGCUUCGUAGCUUGGCAGAGUACGAAGGGAUGAAGCGCAACAGGUGGGGGAUUAGGGAACCGGAAGACUGGGUCGUCGAUGAUCCUGAGACGCACGGUGCAGUUGAAUCCGAUGUCAGCCACAGACGACCACGCCCUGACGCCUUGGACGCAGCGUCAGGAGGUGAAGGACUUGAUCUCAUCUUGGCGCCAGGCGUAGCAUUCGAUGUCUUCGCCGGAAGGCUAGGGCAUGGAAAGGGAUACUACGAUCGAUACCUCUCCCAAGCUGAGGCGUGGGCGGCCAAAAGGGGGAAACAAGGGCCCGUCUGCGUUGCACUGGGAUUGAGGGAGCAGGUCUUGCCCGAGGGAGAGAGGGUUCCAGCCGAUGAGAGGGACAGGGUCUUGGAUGGUAUCGUCACGCCUGAUGGGGUGUUGAGGGGACACGAAGAUAGAGGGAAAUGGCAGGGGUCAUGA